GCGCGCGCGGCCAUAUUGCAAGAACAGCUGGUGUGCGUACGAUCUGUGUACAAAGUUAUCCUUAUUUUUUUGUGAAAUAAACGAAUAAUGCGUAAUCAACGUAAACAAAGAGUGCAGUUUUGUGAUACAAUCGUGGUAAUUUAAUUAAUUUUCUAUAAUGGAUACCGUUUACUAAGAAAACAUGGCCUGCGGCGGUUUACGAAAUUACGAAGGCAAUGACAUUUCCAAGGUAGAACUAGAAUUCCAAUCCAAAUGGAGCAGGUUUUCGGAUUGGCUCCACUGCAUCUGCGUCGUCACGUUCGACCUGGAACUGGGUCAGGCGAUGGAGAGCGUGUACCCGCCCGGGGUGAAGCUGUCCGACCAGGAGAAGUGCAACAUUUGCUACCUGGCGUUUCCAGAUUCUAACUCUGGUUGUAUGGGGGACACCCAGUUCCACGUCCGGCUGCGGACUCGCGCCCCGCUCACACCGCAGCAGCUCCGCUACAACGAGGAGAGUGUGCCGACGCUGCGCGCGGACUGCACUCACUACUGGGGCUUCGUGUACUUCCGCCAGGUCAAGGACCCGUCCCUGCCGCGUGGAUACUUCCAGAAGAGCCUCAUACUGUUGACGCGCCUGCCGUUCAUAAAUUUGUUCUACAAGGUGAUUCAGCUGAUCGCCCCCAAACAUUUCGAGGACGGCGAGAGCAGCCUCGAGGCCGCCUGUCACGACAUCAACCGGUGGCCCGUGCUGGACGCAGGCCAGAACAUGAUGCUGCCAGUGAUGGGGAGCGUCUUCCAGUCGUAUAUUCCUAAUCACCAAACUGGAAAAGUGGCUCGGUCAGAUAUCCUGAAGCCUCUGGAGUCGUUGAACGUUCCUCACAUCCUUGCGUCCAUCCAGGAUGUCAACGUUUUCGAUCCUCUAUCGAGUUUGAUAUCCCACCUGCAUCUGUUGUGGGAGCUGGUUUUGACCGCGGAGCCUAUCGUAGUUAUGGCCAGUUCGCCCACGGACAGCUCGGCACUGGUGCAAGCUUUGACCAAUUUAAUACAGCCGCUUCCAUAUACGGCAGAGCACAGGCCGUACUUCACGAUACACGAUAGUGAGUUUAAGGAGUUCACCCGCAAGCAGUUCAACCCUCCAUGUAUAAUCCUUGGUGUAACCAAUCCAUUUUUUACUAAGACUCUCCAACAUUGGCCCCACACGAUCAAACUCAGCGACUCAUCAUCUAUAAAAACAAAGUUGAGGAAGGUGGGGAGUGUCAAACACUUGGAUUCUGCCCCAGGCUUGUACACACAGUAUAAACCGUUCUUGGAAAAAGAUAAGGCUAUUAUAAAGAAGCUCCACAAUGGUAUGAGGACAGAGAGGCCUACGGAGGUACAGACUGCGAUGGUGAAGAGGCAUCUAUUGGAGUUGACACAGAGCUUUAUGAUACCCCUCGAGAGAUACAUGGCUUCCUUGAUGCCUUUACAGAAGAAUAUUUCUCCGUUCCGAGCUCCACCCAUUCCGAAUCCUUUCAACCCGGAGGAUUUCUUCGCAUCUUUACAGCACGCCGGCCCCCACCUCACUACCGGUAUCAAGGGUGACUGGAUAGGGUUGUACAGACACUUCUUUAGAACUCCAAACUUCAGUGCGUGGUUUCAUGAGCGACAUGGAAAAUUAACUGAUAAGUUGCAUGCCCUGCAAUUGGAAGCUCUGGCCGAGAGUGACCUUAAGAGAUGGUCAAUCGGAAAGAAGGAGGUGGAAAUAGUGGAUAUGGUUCUGAAGCUCCGGGAAGUUUUGAGAAGUGAUCCCCCAGUGGCCAGUAACACUCGGACACUGUUAGCUAAACGUCUCGAGGAGCUCAACAGUGUUCUGCCAGAGGAUAUGAAAUCCAUUUUGAAUGCAAACUCGUGACACACGAGUUGCUGCGCCUUGGGAUUAAACGGCUGCAGCACAGAAUGCCGAACUCAAUUGAAAGAAUAUCAGCAGGUAGUUGCAUGUGUUUAAAUUGCCAAAUAUAUUUAAACUAGAUCUAUAUAUAGAUAAUAGUUGGUAAUAUGUCUAAUUUAAGAGUCUUGAGAGACUGAACAGUGGUUAACGCUUGAGAAAUGUUUGAUACAAUUAUCUUUAAAUUAGCCAAUACACUACACAAGCUGUUUAUGCUGGAACAAACAAUAUUGAAGCAGUAUGUACUUACUUUUCAAUUUAAUCAAGUAAUCAAUAGUUAAAGAACACAACUUCUUUUCCAAACUUAAUAAAAA